GUGGGUGGUUCACUGAGCAAGCCACAUGUACGCCCCUUGUUCCUCUGCCUCCUUCUCCGCCUCCACCUCCUCCUCCUCCUCCACCCGUCGCCGCCGCUAGUGCCUCCAUAUCUUCAGUCUCCCAGAGCAUUCAUUAUGAGAAGCAGCACUAGGAAUUGAUGUGACGGGACGACGGAGACAACAACAACAACAACAACACAAAAGGAACUCCCAAAAUUAAGACAUAAGAAAAAUUGAUAUUUGAAAAAUGAUAAAGAAAAACACUGAAAAAAAAGGAAAAAGAAAAGAGGAAGUAGGAAGUAUAAGGAUAAGAAAUAUAUAAAGUAAGAAUUAAGAAGAUAAAAGUAAAAGAAACGAAAAGAAAUAGAGAAGGGAACGGCUGAAAGGGAAAGUGAGUGAAAAAAAAGAUAAAAAGAGAGGAAGGUCACUGAGAGAAAAAAAAGAACUGAAAAUAAGGAGAAGGGAAAAAAAAGGGAAGAAAAAGAAAGAAGAAAGAUAGUAAAGAACAAAGAAUAGAAAAAAGAUAAGGGAAAAGGAAAAGAAAUCGAGAAAACUGAGAUAGAAAAGGAAAAAUAUAAGAAAGAAAAAAAGGAAAAGAAACCAAGAAUACUGAGAUAAGAAAGGAAAAUAUAAGAAAGGAAAAAAGAAAUCAAGAAAACAGAGAUAAGAAAGGAAACAUAAGAAAGAAAAAAGAAAAGAAAUCAAGAAAACAGAUAAAAAAAGAAAAAGAUAAGAAAAAAAAGUGAAAGAAAAGAAAAGAUAAAGAAGAAAAACCGAGGGGAAAAAGAACUGCAAGAAAAGGAAGGAAAAAGAUAAGGAGUCCAACACCAAGUCCAACAGAGCACAGUAACAAGCGAUGCAGAAGUGGAGUCUCGUCAGGAGGUAAAAAGACAGCCCCGAGGGACGAGAACGAGAUGGCGGCGGGGCGGGGCGGGGCGGCGAGGCACGGGAAGUCCGGGGCACUGCUCACAAGGGGUUGCUUCCUGCUGGUCCCUGUGCUGCUGGUGAUGACGAUGAUAGUGAUGGACAAGACCAGCGCCCUCACCAUCUCACGCCAGCCCUAUCCAUCCUUGGGCGUCCUCAGCGUCAGGUUCCGGGGCGUCCGCUCGGCCUUCAUGCACCCGACGGCCACCUCCUUCAGCCCCCCCCUAAGGAACAACAACGCGGCGCACCGGCCCCAGAACCUCGGAGGCGGCAGCAUCAGCAGUAGCCUCAUGCCCCCCGGUGUGGCCAGCCGCGCCCCGUCCACCCGCACCCAGGAGGCGGGCCCCGCCGCACCUGCCCUCUUGCCGCCGCCGCACGCCCCGCGGCCCCGCACCUUGGCCUCGGACGCCGGCAGCCACCCGCAGCAGCCCACUUUCGUGAGCUUCGGGACGGACAGGGCCUCGGAGCCGCGGCACGCCAAGUGGAGCCGCUCCCAGGCGUCCGGCGCCUCCCUGGGCAGCGGCGGGGGGUGGGCGGGGAUGGCCGCGCCUUCCGUGCAGGGGCGGCGGGCGUCCUUGUCGGGCAUGGAACACCAGCGGGCACACCUCACGGCAGGGCUGGCCGCUCCCGACCCCGCCGCGCCCCCCGGCAGGCAAGACACCUUCGGUCUGGACAUCACGGAGGGCCUCUCGCACCUCGACAGGCCGACAGGACGGUGGAAGGCGGGGUCAACGGGCAGAUUCCCGAGCAGCGGUGACGAUGGGACGAGGGGCCGAGGGCCCACGCACCCCGUGUUUGAUGGUGGCUAUCGCCAGACAAGGCUGUUGCCGACUGGCGAGGAAGAGAUGACAGUUGAAGAAGAAGGCGUGAGAAGUAUAUUCGACUUAAACACGACCACCGAGUACCAGCCGGAGGACUACAUUAAUUAUCACGACUACGACCAAGGUCGUUCCCCUGAGCAUACCCAGGACCACAAACCCCUCACCUUCCAGCACGUGAUGCAGAUCAUGAAUCUGGCCUCCCAAGCGGACCUGCACGCGCUACUGGAACAAAGGGGCAUCACUUUCGACGAGUUGCGGGAGUUUUUGAGCAGUGGAGCGGGAAAGAAGGAUGUCCUGGAGUUUCUAAAGCCACCUACUCCUACCACCUCUAUCGACACCACAACCACCACCACAACUCCUCCAGAGAUGUCACACCAUGGACUUGAUACAGCAGUCGUCGAGGAAGGUUACCAAGAUGAUGUCAGAGGGAUAGCUUCCCCCUCCGAAGCCGAUCACGAAGGGGAGGGCGACGACAUCGAACAAGACAGCAAGGAACAAACUAAGAAAAACAGAAAAAAGGGGAGGAAAGGCAAGGGAGGAAGAAGAAGGAAGAACAAAAGACGCAAGAUAAAGAAGGGACAGGGAGAAGAGGUGCCUGACGUAGAUCCUUCGUCCGUCCCUCCUAUCUUCGACACGACCUCGACCGAAGACCCUGAGCCUUGGACCCCGGGUACUCCAGGAACACUGCCUGAAGCUCCCCUGGCCACCACCAUCGCCGCCACGGAAGACACCCUGCUGCCUACGACACAGCCACCGGCGGCAGACACAACGGUCACGUCACCCCCGUCGGUGCGGACCUCGGAUGUGUCCAUCGUGUCCGUGUCCGUGGAGGAGGUACCCUCUAACCCCUACCACAGGGCACCCGUUCUGACAACCGUAGUGGAGGACGCCAUGCCCACCAGGAGGCACAACACCCAUAACAUAACACCCCCAUUGGAGGACCGAACACCCAGGAAAUUCCCCCGCCCCGCGAGACCCUCACUCGAGCCGGACCAAACAGUGAACGAGAUAGAAAAGGUGAACUUCGUGCGGGAGGAGCAGCGGAACGACUACGUGUUCCCCCUGCGCGGGCUGCUCAUCAUCAGCGGCCUCAUGGGAGCGCUGGCAGUGUUCACCCUCGUGGUUCUCAUCUCGUACGCAGUCAUCAAAUGCUCGAAAAAGCCAGUCGUCAACAACUACCAAGUCUCCGAGCAACAGAAGCCCGCCGGCACGUGAGGCACUCGAACACCGACCGGGUCAGGCUGCCCCCCGCGGAGCACCGCCCGCCCCGCCGAUCCUCCCAGGGCAAGGACGCCCCCGGACAACCUACAGUAUUAUGACGCGAGUGGUGGUGACGCUCACAGCUCACCACAGCCACCUGCAACAUUCCUACCUGGUUCUUAACACUCACAAAGACGCGGUGAAUCUUUAAACACUCCACAGCCUCACCUGAGCUUGUCUGUCGAGUCUAGAUCCCGUAUUUUUUUAACGCCUGUUUGAAAAGCCUCUGGUUGAAGUUGCAAGGCUCUUCUUGGACUGUUUUGUGACCCUAGUGAUAGUUUUAGCUACACUUCUGCACCCUGAACUGGAAUAUCACCCAUGAAAACGGUUUAUCUUCGCUAUGACCUUAGAAAAUAGUCGUAAUAGGAGCCCGAUACGUAAGAGAACAUGGAUCUAGGCCACGCUACAAUAGGUUACGCGUUCCCGUAUUCCCACACAUCCCCAAGUUUGUAUGGGAUGGGAAAGGAAAUUAAAAGAAAUGGAUGAAGUGACUGUUGUUCAGAUUUACCCGUUUUAGUCUGUACCUAUAGCCUCUGCGGCACACCAUGAGCCUCUACAAGCCCUCCAGACAGACAAACAGACACAAGACACUGCUUCAUCGAGGUCUCAAAAAGUCUCAACAAACACAGCCACAGGUAAUCACACAAAAACAGGACCAAUACAAUAAAAAUACAAUACAAUAAAAAAAAGUUACAAUAGUUACCAAUAUACAAAAUCAUAGGUACAAAAUUACAGAAAUAGUUACAAUAAAAAACGUUAGGAAAGGUUAGCUACAAGCAUUAUAAAGAGAAACGGUUUAAGGUCACUGAUAGAAAAAGAAAGAUGUAUAGUUCGGAACGUUUACGGAUAAUAAUGAAAAGAAAAAAAGAUAAAUAGCUAAGAUGGCAGAGACAAAACCCACAACACAUUUACCUUGAUUUGGAGCAGCUGCAGUUAGUUGGGGAGAUGAAAACCAACUCAAAAUAACGUCCACACUUUCCGGUACUAUUCCACAGCUUUUCAGGCACCGACACGAGUGAUAAACCGCAAAAAUAACACAAAAUAAGAAGCCCCGCGCAGCAAGCAACCCGCCAUCACCGAUUUGUUUUGUUUACUGUCCCGAGUUUGAGUCAAGGUUGCCGGAUAAUCGUACACAGAGCCGCGUAUUUACCGGUUUCUGGCCCAUAACUGUUGCCAAGAAACACCAAUAAUUAACCAUUUAAACGAUAACUAUAUAUUAAGGCAGAUAUUUGGGUGAUGAAGGCAGUUUUUGGGUCGGAAAUCGGCAAACAUAAGAGGCAGAGUACGACAAUCUAGCAAUGUUGGGUCACUCCGAGUUCGAGUUUGUUGUUGGGCUAAAAAAUUUCGUAACUUCUUUUUUUUCUGUCCUGUGCUGCGGUCCACUUUUUUUAUAUAUCAUGCUUCCUUCUUUCCCAUUUGUAUAUAUUGCUCUGAUUCCCCGCGAGAAACAUUAAUGUGUACAGUAAUGAGUUAAUUGUUACCGGUACAAGCUAUGCCUCAGUUUUUUUUUUAAUAAACACAUUAUGAUUGACUGAUGAUUAUUAUGAAUGAUUGAAUUAUGAUAUAUCCAGUUAAGGCUUAUAGUCUUAAUUACCAUAUUAGAAUGAAAUAUGCCCUCCUCGGCUUUUUUUUCAAUACAGAGGUAGAUAUAGGACUUCAUAGGUAGUCUAGGCCAUGCACAGUUCCACUACUAUAAGCCUGUCUCUAUUACAUUGUCCCACGCACAGGAAAUUAGCAGCCCCCAUGCUAUAAUAAGGGUGUACUUGGACCAUAGUGCCGGGUAAAAUCAGCACUUUAUCCAAAUUCUAGCCUGGGUUCUUUUGAUUGUGAGCCAGGCAGGUUGAGUCCUUAUAGACCCAGGAGCCAUGAACUCUAAGAAUGGCAGAGAUUCUUGUGGAACGGGAGAGCCAUUCUGACAUUAUACUAGGCUAUUGUAUCACAGCUUUUUUUUACCCUUUUACUCAUUAAGCAUUGUACAAAAAGCUGGGAAAAUGACCCCUCGAGAAAUAAUAAAGUGCAAAUUAAACUAUGA